CAGUCGUUUGUACCAGGCCCUAAUACUAUUUAACUGUGGCCACUAGUACUGACCAGUAAGGGCUGUCAUGGUCUCAUUGUACAAAUAAGGACACUUGAGGUGUAAGGGCCUGCCAGCCUCUAGCCUUUGUAGCCCUGGGGCUAGUUGCUAUGUUCUGUAUGUGAAACAUUUGGUGCCAGGCUUGGUACUGGCAGUAUCAGAUCUGCAGGGUGUUAUCAUAUAUACGUUUUAUACACUGCCCCAAAAGUAAGAUGCCUCCAACUCUUAAGUCACGUCCUCACCUUUGGAGGGAGACUGUUAGGUUCUUUCAGUCUUGAAAUUGACUUCCUGGGCAGAGAGACACCUGUCAUAGGUCCUAGGCUUUAGAAUGAGUCAUAUUUUAAUAGACCAGUGAGAAAUCACAGACAGAGGCCUACCUGGUACCAUAUGGGUUGGGAGCUGAGGUUCAGAGGGAUCAGGACCCUUCCGAGGUCACACAGCAUUGGGAUAGAGACCAAGAGGCCUGAUUCCUGGCCAGGGUGGAGGGACUGCUGGGUGAUGUGAGGAACAUAUCUACAUUCCUCCCUGGAAUAGAAAACAGCUGUUUCUAUUCCAGAUGGUGAGAAGAGUAAGCCCACAGCACUUUUACACACAUACACACACACACACACACAGAGCUAGGCUGUGAGCCGAUGUUUCUGGGAUGCCAAGAUUCCUGAGUCAGCACUGGGAAUCUUGGCUGAGACUGUUCGGGGAAAUGUCAGGCCUACAGGAAACUGAGGUCUCCCACUCACGCCAUCCCGAAGGUGGGUGGGGAGCAGAGAAAGCAGGGUGUGUAAGGGAACAGAGGCUCAGUGUGCAAGUGAAGGGGUUUAUGUACACAGAGUGGAGGGUGAGUUGAAGACAGCUGGGCAGCAAGGCAGGGGAUUUAUCUGCACGAAGAAGGAGGCUAGGUGCCAAGAUGUGGGUGUUUGUGCAAAAGAGAGAGGUGUUCCACGUGCAAAGGGAAUGUUUACUUGAAAGAAUUGAAUUCAGAAGCGAGAGAACCUGCUAGGCAUCAGAAUAAGGGAGCUUGGCAAGAUGCUGAGGGUUGUGACAUGUGUAAAGAAGAUUUCCAGAAAGACAGUGUGGGUGCAAAGGUCCGCCGCGUACCGGGCACUCUGAAAUUAGCAGGAGGGCAUGAAGGGGUACAAGUGUGCUCCCCACAGUGCCCUGGCAAUCCAGGCUGGCUGUGAAACUCCACCCAAACCUCCGUCCAGCGUCACGGCCCCGCCUCCUGUCCCGCCCCUUUCACCCAGUGGCGUGCGCAACGUGCCCGUCAACAGGCUGCCUCCCCACCAUUGGCUAGCUGGCCAGAGAGGGCGGGGCUACACGUGUUCCCGGAAGCAUGGCAGGCCCCACACGUUUUUGGACCCAGCGCCUGAGAGCUGCAAUGUGGCCCGAAGUAGGGGACAUACUGCGGGGGACCUGUAAACAGCUGGGCUGGACUGUUGGGCUUCCGUAUGCAGCCCUGGGGCCUAGGCCCCACCGGUGGGGACCGUGUUGGGGGUCUUGGGCCCAAAAGCUGCAUCAGGAUGGGCCUGGCAGAGGCCUGAGUGAAGAGGAUAUUCGCAGGGCACGGGAGGCCUGUCCCAAGAAGACACCCCGGCCCCAGCUGAGUGAUCGCUCUCGGGAACGCAAGGUGCCUGCCUCCCGCAUCAGCCGCCUGGCCAGCUUUGGGGGACUGGCUGUGGGCUUGGGGCUGGGAGCACUGGCUGAGGUGGCUAAGAAAUCCCUGCCUGGAGGAAGCCUUCAAUCAGAGGGUGGCUCUAGGCCCAGCUCCAGCCCGUUCCUGUCCGAGGCCAAUGUGGAGCGGAUUGUGCAGACCUUGUGUACGGUUCGGGGGGCCGCCCUCAAGGUUGGCCAAAUGCUCAGCAUCCAGGACAACAGUCUCAUCAGCCCCCAGCUACAACGCAUCUUCGAGCGGGUCCGCCAGAGCGCCGACUUCAUGCCCCGCUGGCAGAUGCUGAGAGUUCUGGAAGAGGAGCUGGGCAGGAACUGGCAGACCAAGGUGGCCUCCUUGGAGGAGGUGCCCUUUGCCGCCGCCUCAAUCGGGCAGGUGCACCAGGGCAUGCUGAGGGACGGGACGGAGGUGGCUGUGAAGAUUCAGUACCCCGGCGUUGCCCAGAGCAUCCAGAGUGACGUGCAGAACCUGCUGGCUGUGCUGAAGAUGAGCACGGCCCUGCCCGAGGGCUUGUUUGCUGAACAGAGCCUGCAGAGCAUGCAGCAGGAGCUGGCCUGGGAGUGUGACUACCGGCGGGAGGCAGCUUGUGCCCAGAACUUCCGGCAGCUGUUGUCAGAUGACCCCUUCUUCCGGGUACCAGCCGUGGUGAAGGAGCUAUGCACCCGCCGGGUGCUGGCCAUGGAACUGGCCGGAGGCGUCCCUCUGGACCAGUGCCAGGGCCUGAGCCAGGACAUCCGGAACCAGAUUUGUUUCCAGCUCCUGAGGCUGUGUCUGCGGGAGCUGUUUGAGUUCAGAUUCAUGCAGACAGACCCCAACUGGGCCAAUUUCCUCUAUGACGCCUCCAGCCACAAGGUGACACUGGUGGACUUUGGUGCAAGCCGGGAAUUUGGGACGGAGUUCACAGACCAUUACAUUGAGGUGGUGAAGGCUGCAGCCGAUGGAGACAGGGACCGUGUCCUGCAGAAAUCCCGAGACCUAAAAUUCCUCACAGGCUUUGAAACCAAGGCAUUCUCCGAUGCCCACGUGGAGGCAGUGAUGAUCCUGGGAGAGCCCUUUGCUGCCCCAGGCCCCUAUAAUUUUGGGGCAGGUGACACUGCACGCCGGAUCCAGGGGCUCAUCCCUGUGCUCCUGCAGCACCGGCUGCGCCCACCACCGGAGGAGACCUACGCCCUCCACCGCAAGCUGGCAGGGGCCUUCCUGGCCUGCUCCCGCCUCCAAGCCCAUGUUGCCUGCCGGGACCUCUUCCAUGACAUCUACCACUGCUACUGGGCCAGGCACCAGGCACAGCCACUGCCCCCAGCCUCCUGACCACAAGAGACCUCCCUUUGGAUCCAUGACAGCCUGCCUCCAUGCUGGGGAACAGCACCACAGUGGGAUCACCCCCUCCCACGGCUCUUCCUUUCUCACCCCCACCCCCCGUCCUGGUCAAACAGCCCUCCCCCCCCCCCCCCAAACACAUACCCUCUUGGCCCUGGAGCUCAGGAACCUUGGGGGCUAGAGAGCACCCAAAUUAGCUCCUCCCACUCCAAAAUUGGCAUCCGGGAACUCUAAUCCUGGGAGCCGGUUAAUGGAUUUCUGCCACUAUCUGAGGGAGCCCUGGGUCCCCUGCAUGCCGGCAGCGCUCUCACCAUCCGGUGUGGAAGGGGAAGGUGGGGGUUGGCGGAGGCACCCCUCACCUUAGUCACCCAGACUCCAGCU